AUGUUAAGCAUUUCUACCCAGAAUUAAUCAAUAGUGUAUCAAUAAUUAAACAAUGAACAGGCAUUGUACACUAAAUAUUCAUCAAGAAAAUCCAAAAACUUUGAAGACUUCUUUGCUCGAAAACCAGUAAAGUGGGUUAUUGAUUUUAAAGAUCAAUUACACCAAUUAGAUGAUGAAGAAUACUUGAAAAGGUUGCUUGCAUUCAUCAUAUAAUAAGAUUCUAUCCAAGUAACUAACAGCCCCAUAAAAUUAAAUCUUUAUUGGAAUACUAUAGAUUUCAUAAGAAUCUACCUCGACUCUUUUUUGGAGUCUUGGCAGAAAAAGCAAUAGCAUAUUUUGAGAAAAAAAAGUAUAAGAAAUUAUUAUCAACUAUUAAAUAGAAAGUAAGAAUAUAGAAGAAUUAAAUAAAUGCUCGGAAUUCCUUAUGAUUAAUCUAAUUUAAGUACAUAAUAUGAAAAAUUGAAUGAGGACAUAUAAGUUUUAAAUAGUUUAAGUAAAUUUACUGAAAAAUCCACUUAAUCUAUAUUAAAUGAGUUUUUUAAAACGUAACCUAAUUAGCCUAGUGAUUACAAGUUAAAUAUUGAUGAAACAUGGUUGACUAUGUAAUAUUAGGAAUUGAAUAUUCCAUAAUUAAACAAUAAGUAGGCACUCUAGAAUCACAAAUCACUUACAAAAAUUGUGAAAAAGCUUUCUAAUGAUAGGAUUAAGCUGCCAUUUCAUUUAUUAAAAGGCAAAACCUUAUCGAAUAUAAGGAAUUCACAAAAUUAAUCUCCAGAAAGACUCAAUCCUACUUAAAAAUCAUCCUCCUAAUAACAUAUCAAUAGCAGCAAAGAAGAAUGCGAAUUUUAAUCAUACAUGAAGUCAAAAAUAUUGACGUUAUCCUAACAAAACAAAAAAAAAAUCAAUAAAAUCUUUCAAUAUAGAAAUCAGUUUGAUUAAAAUUAUUAUAUUAAUACAUAAGGGAGACGAAACAGCACUCAUUUUAUUACUAGUGCAAGUAGUGUCUCCCCAGAAUAAAUAAAGAUAGAUUAGCCACGCUUGAGCUAAAUAUAAUUGAAUAUAUAAGAUAGAUAAGGCUAAUCAAAUUUCUGUAGUUACGGUUUACACUCCACAAUGCAAACAUCAAGUUAAUUCACUUAUAAAAAUGAGAUAUCUCCUUAAAAAAAAAAUUAGCAGAUAAUUCAAAUUUAUUCAAAUAACUUGAGUAGCAAAAUAAAAACAUAACAAAGAAAAUCCCCUGAAAAGUUAAGAAUAUUUUAACAUCCUAAUUCAUAAACAACAAAAUUAAAUAUUUCCAAGGCUGUAUUAUAAAACAAAGAUAAGAUACCUCCAUUUUUAUAACUUAAAUUUCGAUUGGAUGAUCUUCAACACUCAAAUAAUAAAAGAAAGUAAUGUAAUCCAAAUCCAGAUGUACAGUAAAUAUAAAUGGAUGAUAAAUAAUAAACAAGAGGAUAAUCCUACACUAUGGUUAAAAAUUAAGUUAUAACAAAAAAACCAAUAAAAAAUAAAUGAUAGCUAUUAUAUAAUUAAAACUUUUGGAGAAUU